AGGGGUAGUGGAUGUAGCUGUAGCUGUGGGCCGGGGGGUGAGCUACCUAGCCCGCUCUGCUCUGCUGAAACAUCCAUGGGUGGCUGUGUCGGGAGCCACCACGACUCUUCGGGCAGCUUAAACGAGAACUCGGACGGCACUGGAGUGGCUCUAGGGCGUAACCAGCCCCUGAAGAGAGAACGGCCUAAAUGGAAAAGUGACUACCCGAUGACUGAAGGCCAGCUGCGCAGCAAAAGAGAUGAGUUCUGGGACACGGCGCCAGCUUUCGAAGGCCGGAAGGAGAUCUGGGAUGCGCUGCGGGCUGCGGCCAGCGCCUUUGAGAGCAAUGACCACCUGCUGGCUCAGGCGAUUCUCGAUGGAGCCAGCAUCACACUGCCACAUGGAGCUUUGACUGAAUGUUACGAUGAACUGGGAAAUCGAUACCAGCUGCCAGUCUACUGCCUCUCUCCUCCCGUCAACAUGAUUGAAGAACGCUCCGAUGAGCCUGAUGGUUCAGAUCCUGACUCCGGAGCUGCGGACCCAUCCCUGGGCAGCGCCGGUGAUCCUGGCUCAGGAGGGGAGUGCCAGCUUCGUCUCCGGCUCUCCACGGGUCGCGACCUCCGGUUGAGCUCCCGUUGUACGGACACAGUAGGCGUGAUGAAGCGCCGUCUGCAAAGUCAGGAGGGAGUGGCCUGCCGCAACAGCGGCUGGUUUUUCUCAGGUCGUCCACUGACGGACAGACUGCGCUUGGACCAACACAUCUCAAGGGACUAUGUAGUGCAGGUCAUCCUCAGGCCAGCGACCACCACCAGAGCCUGAAACAACACCAGAAACGUCAGGGCCAGUGGCGGCAGAAGAAGUAGCUGCACUUCCACAAGAGCCCACGCCAGUGGAGAAUUAAUGUUCCCAUGAAUUAAUGCCCGGCUCCAGGUAUGCAGCCUGGAGCCGGGCAU